CCACAACUCUACCACACUCAACUCCUCACACAUCCCCCGCCAUGUUCCGAACAGCUCUUCUCAGAUCCGCGCGCAGCGCUACAUGCCAGGCUGUACGAAAAUCGAGCCCAAUUGUUCGUCCAGCCUCCACCGGUCUCUUCACAAAAUCGCAAAUCGCCCCGUCCGCUUUCCAAGCAGUACGAUGCUAUUCCGCAGGUGGUGGUCUUGACGAGGCUACCGUGACAGGAAGAAUAGCUGAUUUACUGAAAAACUUUGAUAAAGUGAGCAUGUUAUGCUGGACGAAUUAUUGGAAGAUUUACUAAUGUUUGUCGCAGGUUUCCGAUCCUACAAAGGUGCGAUAAUGAAGCCAGGAUGGGUAUCGAAACAACUGGUUUAACAGGCAAUUAGAUCACACCAACUUCACACUUCGCGAAUGACCUUGGGUUGGACAGCUUAGACACUGUUGAGGUUGUGAUGGCUAUCGAGGAGGUAUGUCGAUUGGGGAAGCCUAGAGCUCGAGAUAGAUUUUGACGUACUUGCAGGAGUUCAGUAUCGAGAUCCCAGAUAAGGAGGCUGAUGCUAUCCACAGUGGUAUAGAACAAAUAUGCGAGAUCUGGAGUCAUGCACGGGAACUAACUUUUUAAAAUAGUUGACAAGGCAGUGCAAUACAUCCUGGCUCAACCGGAUGGUAGGUAUUCACAUAUAAAACUCGCGAUACAUCUGCUAAUUGCCUUACAGCUCACUAGACAAAUCAAUUGUAUAUUAGGGGAAGGGAAUGAAGGUUUUGGAGGGGGUCACAUGGCCUUUGAAUGAGGAUUCAUAAUGGCUAUCGGCAGCACAGAAUCUGUAUUUUCCUUCGAAAGACGUAUGGGUUCUAUGCGCGUGUAUCAAUGUUUAGUCCAUCUACUCUUCGUCCCGGUCUCAAUGAUGUAUGGAGUGAUGCUAUGUGCC